CAACCAUCCCAUCAGGCCUUUUGGCGAUAACUUUUGUUUCCAGUCGUUGACCGUCCUUCGAACAUAAUACGCCAAGAUGGGUAAGGGAAAGCCCCGUGGUUUGAACGCCGCGCGCAAGCUCGCCAACCACCGCCGUGAGCAGCGCUGGGCCGACUUGCACUACAAGAAGCGCCUUCUCGGUACCGCUUUCAAGUCCUCUCCCUUCGGAGGUGCCUCCCACGCCAAGGGUAUCGUCCUCGAAAAGGUCGGAGUUGAGGCCAAGCAGCCCAACUCUGCCAUUCGGAAGUGUGUCAAGGUCCAGCUGAUCAAGAACGGCAAGAAGGUCACCGCUUUCGUCCCCAACGACGGUUGCUUGAACUUCAUCGACGAGAACGACGAGGUUCUCCUUGCUGGUUUCGGUCGUAAGGGCAAGGCCAAGGGUGAUAUUCCCGGUGUUCGUUUCAAGGUCGUCAAGGUCUCUGGUGUCGGUCUGCUCGCUCUGUGGAAGGAGAAGAAGGAGAAGCCCCGUUCGUAAACAAUAUGUACGAAAGGAAAUGGACGAUGCCGUGGGAUAUUGGUUGCCGGGAAAGGGCCCCAUUCCAUCGAAGCCUGGGAACAUAUGGUCUAUGGUCUGGAAAAUUAUGGUUCGGGACGGAUGACCCUGCAAAUACAUUGCAGUCACUAUGAUUGAGAUACUCAUAAAACAUGGCGCCAUGAUUUUUUAUUUCUUUGGGAAGGGCCCGGAAUGUCAAAUGUUCAAACAAUAUCUAC